CUGCGCUUCGACAACAAGGUGGGCAUCACUGCGUGCAUCGUCUACUUCGUCCUCAGCCAGACGCUCGGCGCAGUUGGUAUCUACAGUGCUGCUAUCGGAAUUUCAACGAUGUUUUCAAUACCACUGCUGUACGCCAACAUAUCUAUUGGAUUGGCGGGCACAGUCUACACGGCUCUGGGUGGCCUCCGUGGUGUUGUUUGGGCAGACUGUGUCCAGGCUUUGGUGAUGUUUGCCUCACCCCUAAUCAUCAUAGGGAAGGUCCUCUACGAUUCUGACAAUGUCAACCCUGCGCUCAGGCCGUUGAGUGAUUUGAAUGCUACAGACUACAUACUCAGAACGGAUCUGGACCUGACAAGUGACGAGAAUGUUUGGAGCGGCCUUGUUGGGGGCAUUCCUUAUGCCCUCGUACGCACAGGAUUUGACCAGAUGGCUUUUCAAAGGUUCAUGGCAGCGAGAACGAUGAAGGAUGCAAAAAGGAUCGUAGUGGCAAGCGCAGUUUCAGUUAUCGUUUUCUUUGUUAUUAUUGAUCUCGCUGCAUUAUCCUUGAUCUUCUGGUACAGGGAUUGCGACCCACUCCAAUCAGGUGCCAUUAGAAAUCCAGACCAGAUUGUUCCCUACUUUCUACGAAACAGCCUCUCUGAUGUCACAAUGCUUCGUGGCCUGUUUCUCGCCGGUCUGCUGGGUGCCUCCACGAGUACAGUGUCAUCGAUUGUAAACUCUCACGCGGCUGUCUUCUACACCGAUAUAGUCACGCCUUUCGUCAUCCUGAACGAACGAAAAGCACUAGUCGUGAUGCGACUUUUAGCUGAGCACAGGCACCACCGAAUGGUCUACAGAGAUGCGGCCUGGGUUAGGUGA